CCAACUGGUCUCUGUAAUAACUAUUUAAAUCAGUCUGUCCUGACUCAGAUCAACAGUCUCCAGUCUACCAACUGGUCUCUGUAACUUCAUCUUUGUCUCUGUAGUGUAAAGUCUUCAGGUGAUGAUGGGGGUAUUGAAUCAUCUCUCUACUCUCCUCCUUCUCUCUCUCCUUCCUCCUGCUCUCUCUCAUGUAGUGGAGAAGUUCAGUGAUGUUCCAGAGUGCACAGAGUUCUUCCUGGGGGGAACAACUCCAAAUCUCCCAGGUAUUUUGGAUGGUGGGACAGUCCGGGACCAGAACCGCUACAAGCCGAUCUGUCAGUUGUUCAACAACAUCUACAGGUUUGCAACUCUCUACGACACGACCAACAGGAUCCCUGUGUUCUCAGCCUAAACCUUCUCUGGUCCUCCUACAAACUGCAGACCAAAAAAUCAACGCUGGAUGAUAGAGCCCCAGCUCAACGGGGUGAACAACCCUGAAAUGCAAAAGGACAGUAAAGAGAUUGAAUACCAACACCAGGCUGGGAACUACGACUAUAAGAACUCGAUACCAAAUAAAGGGGUGAACAGAGGUCACCUCUUCCCAUGUUCACAUGCUCAUGACUUGGAAACUCAGAAGUCCACCUUUACCCUGACCAACAUCGUUCCCCAGGUGGUGUCCUUCAACGGGGGAAGCUGGAAUGAUAUGGAGGAAAAUGUCAGAGAAAAGCUGAUGACGGACUGUUUUAGUAACAACAGGAAGAUAAAGGCCUAUGUGGUGACUGGAGCAGUUCCCAGUAAGAGCAACACACUGAACAACAGAGUGAACAUCCCAGAUAUCCUGUGGACAGCCUACUGCUGUUACAACAACAACCUGAGACAGUGGAUGGCUGAAGCACACUGGGGGGAGAACAAAAAGGAGGACAAGGGGAAAAAAAUGCCCUCAUAUACCUUGGCAGAGCUGUAUGACAAGUUGAACCCGAACCCAAACCCGAACCCAAACUUCUCAGGUGGUGGUGUCCAGGUGUUCCCAAAGCAGUGUCCAACUGGUGUCAACCCUACCCCUACCCCUACCCCUAACCCUACCAUUACCCCUACCAAUACCCCUACCAUUACCCCUACCCCUAACCCUACCAUUACCCCUACCCCUACCAUUACCCCUACCCCUAACCCUACCAUUACCCCUACCCCUAACCCUACCAUUACCCCUACCCCCAACCCUACCAUUACCCCUACCCCUACCAUUACCAUUACCCCUACCCCUAACCCUACCAUUACCCCUAAUCCUAACCCUAACCCUAACCCUACCACUACCCAAAAUGCUACUCCACCCCCUAACCCCUGUAGGAAGUAUCUUGAAAUCAGUGAGGAAUGAGGAUCUUUACAAAUCAUUAAUAAAUAGUUCUGGAUGGAUCUUUGGAUGAUCUGGGUCCAGAUGCUCUCACCAUAUCAACAAACUGUCAACUACACUCUGGUAAUAAUGGCAAUAAUGGUUAUGAGGGUAAUAAUGGUUAUGAGGGUAAUAAUGGUAAUAAUGGUUAUAAUGGUUAUGAGGGUACUAAUGGUAAUAAUGGUAAUACUGGUAAUAAUGGUUAUAAGGGUUAUAACCCAGUUGGAAGAAUUUCUUCUGGAGUGAGGAAUCUUUACAAUUCCAUGAGAAAUAGUUCUGGAAGGUUCUUUGGAUGAUCUGGGUACAGAUGCUCUCACCAUAUCAACAAACUAUCAUUACUGUUAGACUAAUGAUUAUCAGGGUUAUAAUGGUAAUGAGGGUUGUAAUGGUAAUGAGGGUUGUAAUGGUAGUGAGGGUUGUAAUGGUAAUGAGAGUUGUAAUGGUAGUGAGGGUUGUAAUGGUAGUGAGGGUUGUAAUGGUAAUGAGGGUUAUAAUGGUAAUGAGGGUUAUAAUGGUAGUGAGGGUUGUAAUGGUAAUGAGGGUUAUAAUGGUAAUGAGGGUUAUAAUGGUAGUGAGGGUUGUAAUGGUAAUGAGGGUUAUAAUGGUAAUGAGAGUUGUAAUGGUAAUGAGGGUUGUAAUGGUAAUGAGAGUCGUAAUGGUAGUGAGGGUUGUUAUGGUAAUGAGGGUUGUAAUGGUAGUGAGGGUUG